AUGGAUCUCUUCUUUGUGCACCCUGCCCACUUCGACUAUCCCAUCGCCCAAGACGAUUUCUCGAGCCCCGCGAGCUCAGAGGCCAAUUAUGACAUGGAGAUCGACCUAACAAGUCCUGAUUGCCCUGCACCCCCCGAAGGCGCUGAGGCUGGAGAGCCAGCUGAUGCUACGAGCGACCUGUCCGAUCCUGCGACUUGGGAAAUACCAUGGCCUAGCUCAAUAAUCCCCGUUGAGAUCUUCGAGCUCAUUACGUCGUUUCUUUCCCGAGCUGAGGUUAGAACUCUUCGCAGGGUGAAUAAGGAGUUUGAAAUCAAGGUUUCUGCAAAGUACUUCAAGAACGUUGUCGUCCCAUUUCGACCCGAGUUAUAUGGCGAUUUUGAUAGAGAGUCGUCCGAGCCCCGACUGCACCCAUCCUCGGCCCUCUUCUCCACUGGCUCACGUAUAUUCGAGUCCUUUGGCCCUCAUAUCCUUCGUUUCGCCCUCUCUCUUGAGUUGGAUGAGGAUGACCUUGCGAACCCUCCGAUUAAGCCAGCCCAAGAGGCUGUGACCUCAUUCUGGGGGAUAUAUCGAUGGCCGCCCCAGACUUACACCAGGUACUCUGACCUCCAAGGAAUUGAACAGACGGCAGAUGAAACGCAAAAGAUGAAGGAUGCUUUGAAAUGCUUGACUAAAGUUACCAAUAUGGGCCUGUCUUGCGAUCCUGGUCUUGGAUUUCUCACAAGACCAGAUGUCUGCGUGCGCCGCGCAUCAACCCGUCGACCUGUCUUUGCCACAAAGAACUGGCGCCGAGAGCACCACCCCGGCCAGAUAGUGGAAGAAGAGGACGAUCAAUGUGUCACAAUCGCCAACUUGAAUGGGCCUGGACCCCAGAAAUCACAAGCUUCUGCUUCUGACAAUCUUUCCCUUCAGCGACAAGUUCUUGAGAAGAUGGUCGUUGAUGCAGGCUAUGAAGGCCCGGCAAUCAACGAGGCUAUCGGUCUGCUCCUUGACACAGAAAACGCCAGCUUGCCCUCUAUCGAUGUGGACGAAAGAGCUGCCUCGAACAUGAAUGCUCUUGAUAGGAGCAGCUCUGAUGUCCACGAGCAACAGGUGCUUGCCAUGUUAGCAAUAGACGGAAGCGCAGAAACCCUCGAACGGCCCGACUCUCGCAGGUUUCCUCUUGUCCCUGCUUUCCUCUCUCGGGCUCAAAAGGAGCUCCUUCUUGAGUUGGAGUGGGCUCACCGAGCCAUGAUUCAAUCCUACGUGAUUGCCAUGGUCGACAAUGCAGCCAUCGGUUGCUACUCGCAACUCACCACGUUGUCCAUUGCCAAAAUACCCAGUUGUCAUGUUCAUAUUUUCUAUCGAGAUUCUUUCUGGGAUAGCUUCCCCAAUCUUUCCAACGUGUCAUUGGGUGUCAUUGCGGACUGGAGAAAAAUCACAAAACCCACUCCAGGGUGCAUCGAGGACAACGAAGUAUCGCCAGUGACCGCUGUUGGUUUGGUUUUCAGACUUCUUCAGGACUACAUCGGCAAGCAGCCCGGAAUCGAAAGCUUGCAUUUCGAGUGGAUAUGCGGUGGUGAAUUCGCUCCAAGCUCGUACCAACGGAAUCAAUACAUCCUUCCUGCACCAUUCUUCAAGAACCCAAGGGAUAUGGCGUCAGCGAAUUUGGACGUUUUUCAAGAAGACAAACUCCUGAGUUUGCCGCAUCUUAAACAUCUCUCUCUCAAGAACUGCUGGGCAUCGCCACACGUCCUUAUCCAGACUGUUCGAGAGAUGGGACUUGCGUCUUUGGAAAAACUAGAGCUGGAGUCGGUCUCCCUUUCGGGCCAGCCUACCAGGAAUCCUCAAUUCCCUUUGGGCUUGCACAACGGCCAAGCUGCUGCUCAUUUUAAUCAAAUGAUGAUGAUGCACAACGGCUUUGUUGGCUUCGCCCAACAUGCGCAUCUACUCCCUGGCCCACCACCUGGACUUCCACAAAUCUUCAACCCACAUCAUCUCUUCAACCAACCAGCUAUUUUCGGAGGCGGACAAAAUCCCCUCUUCCCGGACGGACAACCCGUCAUCCCGGCCGCACAACAUCACAUCAUCCCGGCCGCACAACAUCACAUCAUCGGGCCCGCACAACAUCACAUCAUCGGGGCCGGGCAACAUCACAUCAAUGCACAUGCAGCAAUCCUACCAGAUAUGGCCGCGCGUCCUGAGACACUCGUCUUUCCAGAACUUUUGACGUGGGCAGGAUUUAUCGAGCAUUUCACUCCUGGUGACUCCAUUCGCCGUGUUAUCGAAGAUGGCGUUGAUUGGGAAGACAGCCGGUGGCCACCUCUUCUCCAAACGGCCGCAGAUGUGAUUCCACAAUGCGAUCGUCUUUUCGCUGAGGAGAGGCGAUACACAAUCAAGUGCCUAUCUUUCAAAUCUUGUGGCUAUGUUGCCGUCGACGCCGCUAACCUCAAUACUCGUGCUCUCUUGCCCCCUGGAGCCCAUGGCGUUGUCCCUCCAAGCCACAGUCCGAGCACGCCUCAGCGUAUCAUGCAGCGUUGCAAAGACAGGGAGCUUGCCCAGAUAUUGCCCUACAUUGGGCCACAAGAAGCGUUCAAUCUCACACACGCUUUCGGUAUGGCCAUGGGCUGGGAACGUGUCUAUAGCCAAAGAACGAUUCACGAUGCCGCGGCUGAUGGUGUGGACUUCCCCGGCACCGGGCGCUUUUCCGGAAUGGUUGACACGUCCCCUGUUCCUCGCCCAUGGAACGAAUUCAUACCACCCGAACGCAAUAAUAUAACAGUCAGUCUACCUCCUGCAAGCAUGUCGGAUAAUGGCCAUGAGGGGGACGACCUUGAGUCUGUCUUGGAGUCGCUGGAGUGGCACACUCCGCAAACACAUAUGGAUGGAGAGUGA